AUGCUAUCGGGUUGUUAUUUUUACCCAGCUCAUCCCACAAACUCUCAGGAUUGUGGCAGAAACUCAAGGAAAUCUCUCUUGACAGAUUCUUCAAUCUGUUGCCGGUCAAAGAUUAAUUUAUACAAUCUCUCUAUUUCUCUUUUCUUUCCUUCUUUUUCUUUCUCUCCCUCUCCAUUCUUUCUCCUUUUCCCCUCUCCCCUUUUUCAUUUUCUCCCUUUCUCCUUUUUUCUCCUUUCUUUUUCUUUUUUUCUCUCCCUUUCUCCCCUUUCUUUUUCUUUUUUUCUCUCCCUUUCUCCCCUUUCUUUCUCUCUUCUUUUUCUUUCUUUCUCUUCUGUCCUUUCUUUCUCUUCUUUUUCUUUCUUUCUCUUCUGUCCUUUCUUUCUCUUCUGUCCUUUCUUCCCCUCCCUUCUCUCUCUUCCUCUCCCUUCUCUCUCUUCUCUUUCUUCCCCUCCCUUCUCCCUUCUCCCUUUCUUCCUCUCCCUUCUCUUUCUUCCUCUCCCUUCUCUCUCCUCUCUUUCUUCUUCUCCCUUCUCUUUCUUCCUCUCCCUUCUCUCUCUCCUUUUUCUUCCUCUCCUUUCUCUCUCUCCUUUUUUAUUCAACCCCUUUCUCCUUACCCACUCUCUUUUUUUGUUUCCCCCUCUCCUUUCACUCCAAACCUCUUAA